AUGAGCGGUCCUAUCAGUAUUGGCUCCACGGGCGAGUGGCAUAGCCUGCUCGGGAGCACCAAUGUCGUAAUUGUAGACUUCUAUGCCGACUGGUGCGGCCCUUGCAAGAUGAUCGGGCCUCAUUUUGAUCGCCUUGCAAAGGAGCAUUCGCGCCCCAAGAAGAUGGCAUUCGCCAAGGUCAACGUCGACCACCAGGCGACUAUUGCGAAGACCUACGGCGUGUCGGCGAUGCCAACGUUCAAGAUCUUCCACGGCACCGAGUGUGUUGAGACUCUCAAGGGUGCCGACCCUUCCUCUCUCAGCUCCGCCAUCUCCAAGGCUGUCAAGCUCUCUGACACCACCCCGGCUGGGAAGCCCACCGAGGCCUUCAGCAAGCCAGGGCGCACUCUCGGCGGCGCCGGCGGCGGUAGGAAGGCGGCAGGCGGCUCUGGUUUCAGCCUCCCCAGAGGUUUCAGCGUAUUCGGGGCCCUGAAUAUGGUCGUACUUUUCAUCGGGCUUUAUUUUGUUACACUAUUUUCGUUUGAUGCGCUUGCAGCAGCCGAAAACUCGUGGUUCAACAAGCACAGAAAAGCCCAGGAUAUCAGGGCGAACCUCGGUUCCAGCUCAACAAAGCUAGGUGCAAACGCGAGCGAAUCGAGCCAUGCCAUCGAGCAAGUCGUCCGAGAUGCGAAGCAACGAUUUCGUGACACCCUACCCAAGAAUUAUCUAAACGAUGAGGAAUAUGCACUCUACGUUCGGUUAUAUGGACCGCCGCUUCGAGAGACGGACCCUGAGGAUGUUGGAAUACACAUGCACGCCGAUAUGGGACUCCCGGAAACAUCGGGGAAAUCGCAACCAGACAAUGAAGCCACCUUGUUGCGGGAGGUUGAGGGACGCUACGAGGAAGUGGCAUACCACAUUCCGCCGAAAGAGGCAGCGGGGGAGGACCAAUCCGCAACACAGGCAGAGGAAACCAAUCUGGAGCCUGAGGAGACUCGACCAGCUGCGCUAGAACCUCAAGAAUUGAUGGAAAAGUCCCCCACCUAUGUGGAAUCCGUGGCAAGAAGUCAGAGAGAGCUCGAUGCCCUGCAAAAACUGGUCCAGCAAUUCGAAGAAACCCGGAAGGAACAGCGGGAGGCAGAUGCUCAGACCUUGCUAGACGAAGUUGAGGUGGAAAACCUGGAACGGGUGGAAGAGGUAUCGUGGCCUGCAAAAGAGGAGACAGCUGCCGAAGAGGAGGAAUAUGGAUAUGGGUCAGCUCGCCAGCGUUACCACCCACUUACCGAAGCGGGUCGCUUCCACGGAAACCCUAUUGAAUUGCUUCUACCUCAGGAGGAGCUUGUGCAGCCUAUUACCGAUCUUCUGAAGAGAACGCAUGUGGACCAUGUGAGGGAGGCUGCAGAGAGUGUUUACGGUGGACCUGGAUUGCCUCUAUCUCCAGAAAUGGUGCUAAAGAGAAGGAGUGGCCACAUGGGAGGUGUCGGUCUUCUCGCAGACCAGCACCAUAUGACCGAGAUCGAAGCUGAUGCCUUUCUCGCGGGGUUCAUGCCAGCAGCAUUUGCUUCGAUCCUCGCCACGGUCCGAGAGGUUCGCAAGCGUCUGGGCAGCGAUUGGAUCCAGUCGAAGCUGAAGAACAAGGGCGAGGGCCUCAGCGUGCUUGAUGCGGGAGCUGGUGGAGCGGGGCUUCUUGCAUGGGAGCAAGUUCUGAAUGCAGAGUGGGAUUUAUUAAUAGACAAAGGCGAGGUAAGAGGGCAUCAACCUCCGGGUCGGAAAACGGUCAUUGCGACGUCGGAGCGUCUUCGUAACCGCUUGAAAACCUUCCUACACGACACAACCUUUCUGCCUCGCAUGCCUGAUUAUGAGCACUCGGGUGAAAUGCGUGGCCCUCGUCUGGAUGGAGGUAGCCAGCAACAGCCAAGGAAGAGCUACGAUGUCAUCAUCUCAUCACACUUGUUCCUCCGCGAAAAAGAAAGCCAUCGUCGCCAGGCGAUCCUGAACAACCUGUGGCACCUGCUCAAGAAGGACGGGGGUGUUCUCAUCAUCAUCGAAAAAGCCCACCCGCGAGGGUUUGAGGCUGUUGCCCAUGCGCGGGAUACCAUUCUAAACCAGUUCCUGCUGACACCUUCUGGUGAAUCCCGGAUCGCCCCUGAGGACUUCAACCCUACUUGGCACCGUGAGCCAGAACCGGGACAUGUCAUUGCUCCCUGUACCAAUCAAGGCACGUGCCCAAUGUAUCCCGAGCCCGGCAAGAGUGUCGGUCGCAAAGACUUUUGCCACUUCAGCCAGAGAUUCGUGCGACCCAGCUUUUAUAACCAAAUGCUGAGGAAGAAGGUUGACAAUCGUGGCGAGGCCGAGUUCAGUUAUGUGGCUGUCCAGCGAGGCGUUGCCCGACACGGGGCUCUCUCGGGCAAGGAAGCUACCGAACUCGCAAAAACUGGGUACGAGAAAUCCGAAGAGCAGCCCGAUAUGCAAUCCUUGCCCCGCCUGAUCCUACCGGCAAUAAAACGAAAGGGGCAUGUGUCGAUGGAUGUGUGUACACCCGAAGGCACGAUCGAACGCUGGACGGUACCCAAGAGUUUCAGCAAGCUGGCGUAUCGCGACGCCAGGAAAUCAAGAUGGGGUGAUCUCUGGGCUCUGGGAGCAAAGUCUCACACAAGGAAAGAAGUCAAAGCAGGUGUUCCAGACGAUGGAGGCAAACGUGCCAGUGCAGAAGGCAGGCAACCUCGAGCAGUGAGGGUGGACAUGGACGAGGACGGCACCACAGAGACUGUCCCGCAUGAUCGAAAAUCAAAGGGCAGAAAACGGCAGCAAGAUCUAUUGGCGGAGCUAAAGCGAAUCCAUGCGGAGGGAGACAGGCUCUUGGGUGAGGAGAUAGAUGCCGAGGUGAUCGGAGAAGACCCGGAGUUGGAAAGGCAUCGCUAG